AUGUCGAACACCAGAUUCCGCGUGCUCCUCACCAACGAUGACGGUCCGCCGAGUGCCGAGUCUUCACCGUACAUCUUCGGGUUUUGGCACUACCUUACGACCGAACUUGGAUGGGAUGUGAAAGUCGUGAUUCCGAGCUCGCAGAAGUCGUGGAUCGGCAAGGCGUAUCAGAUACAUGAUACCAUACAGGGAAACUACUUCUAUCCCAAAUUGCCAGAUGGGGAAGGCGAGGUAUCAGAAACAUCCAGGCCUCUGAAGGAGGGCGAACUCGGCGAAUGGGUCCUGUUGGACGGCACCCCGGCAUCAUGUUCUAAUAUUGCUCUUCACAAUCUGUACAAGGAUGAGAUUGACCUUGUGCUCAGUGGCCCCAAUCUUGGACGGAACACGUCCUCUGCCUUUGCAUUAUCUUCUGGUACCAUUGGCGCUGCCUUAUCCGCCGCACUAUCCAGCACCCGCGCCAUCGCUCUUUCAUAUGGGACUGUAGGACGUGCGCCUCCAGCAGAACUGUACCUCCCAGCACACGCGCUCGGGGCAUCUAUCAUUCAGCAUCUUCUCAAGAACUGGGGUAUAGAUGCAGACGGUGUACGCGCAGGCGAGAUCGAUAUUUACAACGUCAAUAUCCCGAUGGUACCAGGACUACUCGCGGAAGAGGGGAUGCCCGUACUUUAUACGCGCAUCUGGCGCAAUACGUACGGUCGUCUGUUCAAGGCGCUACCUCGAACUACGGAUGCAUCUCCCGACGUGUCUGCCGCUGGACCUGGUGAUGCUGUCACACAAGGGGCGGGACAGAAGGAGGUGCAUGAAGAAGAGGUGGGCAAGCUGAGCUUCAAGUUUGCCCCGGAUAUGUCGGGGCUCAUCGGCUCACGACUGGAUACACUUCCGGAGGGAUCUGAUGCAUGGGCGAUGGAGAGGGGAUGGGCGUCGGUGACGCCUGUAAGGGCUAGCUUUGCCGAACCUAGCGCAAUCGACGUAUUUCCCGAAGGCGCAUCGCUUCAGGAUAGGUUGAUAAAGCUAUGA